AUGGCCGUGAGAUUCCAGGUGACGGACAUGGAGGAGCUGACAAUUUGGGAGCAGCACACGGCCACACUCAGCAAGGACCCUCGCCGGGGCUUUGGUGUUGCCAUCUCUGGAGACCGGUCCAGCGGGUCCGUGGUUGUGUCCGAUGUAUUGCCCGGGGGGCCGGCUGAGGGCAGGCUACAGAUAGGGGACCACAUUGUGAUGGUGAAUGGGGUCUCCAUGGAAAGUGUCACCUCUGCCUUCGCUAUCCAGAUACUCAAGACUUGCAGCAAGUUGGCCAACAUUACGGUGAAGCGGUCCCGGAAAAUCCAGCUGCCCGCCACAAAGGCUGGCCCCUCUAGCCCAGGGCACCAGGACUCAGACGAGGAGGAUGGGCCUCGGCAGCUCGAGGAUGCUGAUCACGGCCGGGGCUAUGAGGGCGACUCAUCCAGUGGCUCCGGCCGCUCCUGGGGUGAGCGCUCCCGCCGGCCGAGGGCUGGCCGCCGGAGCCGGGCUGGCAGCCAUGGGCGCAGGAGCCCAGGUGGCGGCUCUGAGGCCAACGGGCUGGCCCUGGUGUCAGGCUUCAAGCGGCUCCCGCGGCAGGAUGUGCUGAUGAGGCCCGUGAAGUCGGUGCUGGUGCGGCAGAGGGAGAGUGAAGAGUUUGGGGUCAAACUGGGCAGUCAGAUCUUCAUCAAGCACAUCACAGAUUCGGGCCUGGCUGCCCGGAACCGCGGGCUGCAGGAGGGAGACCUUAUCCUACAGAUCAACGGGGUGUCCAGCGAGAAUCUAUCGCUGAGUGACACGCGACGGCUGAUUGAGAAGUCAGAAGGGAAGCUCACCCUGCUAGUGCUCAGGGACCGCGGACAGUUUCUGGUGAACAUCCCGCCCGCGGUCAGCGACAGUGACAGCUCCCUUCUGGAGGAUAUCUCAGACCUGGGCUCAGAACUGUCUCAGGCGCCGCCCUCCCACAUCCCUCCACCACCCCAGCAUGCGCAGCAGAGCGCCGAUACCAGCCGGACCGCCUCCCCUGUGGAGAGGUCCCAGCUUCAGCAGGAGCGGUCGGUGGACUCCAGAUCCGUCUCAGAACCAGGUGAGGGAUGGGCAGACUCCCCCCCGGAAAGCAGCUAUGACAUCUAUCGGGUGCCCAGUGACCAGAGCAUGGAGGAUCAUGGGUACAGCCCUGAUGUGCGAGUGGUCCACUUCACCAAGGGUGCUAGCCUUGGGCUGCGGCUGGCCGGGGGCAACGACGUGGGCAUCUUUGUGUCGGGGGUGCAGGCGGGCAGCCCGGCUGACGGGCAGGGCAUCCAGGAGGGGGACCAGAUCCUGCAGGCGAAUGAUACGUCCUUCCAGAACCUGACGCGGGAGGAGGCUGUACAGUUUCUGCUGGGGCUGCCCCCAGGCGAGGAGGUGGAGCUGGUGACGCAGCGGAAGCAGGACAUCUUCCGGAAGAUGGUGCAGUCCCGUGUGGGCGACUCCUUUUACAUCCGCACACACUUUGAGAUGGAGCCCAGCCCCCCGUCUGGCCUGGGCUUCACACGCGGCGACGUCUUCCACGUGGUCGAUACACUGUACCCGGGCCCCGGGCAGAGCCACACCCGCAGGGGCCACUGGCUGGCGGCCCGCAUGGGUCGGGACCUCCGGGAACAGGAGCGGGGGGUCAUUCCCAACCAGAGCAGGGCAGAGCAGCUGGCCAGUCUGGAGGCUGCCCAGAGGGCCGUGGGAGCUGGGCCCGGCUCCUUGGCCAACUCCAACGCGCGUGCCGAGUUCUGGCGGCUGCGGGGCCUUCGUCGGGGAGCCAAGAGGACCACCCACCAGAGCCGCGAGGACCUGUCAGCUCUGACCAAACAGGGCCACUAUCCACCCUACGAGCGCGUGGUGCUGCGAGAAGCCAGCUUCAAGCGCCCGGUGGUGAUCUUGGGACCUGUGGCAGACAUUGCUAUGCAGAAGCUGACUGCCGAGAUGCCUGACCAGUUUGAAAUCGCAGAGAGCAUGUUGAGGACUGACACCCCCUCCAAGAUUAUCAAACUGGACACCGUGCGUGUGAUUGCAGAGAAGGACAAGCACGCGCUCCUGGACGUGACACCCUCGGCAGUUGAGCGCCUCAACUACGUGCAGUACUACCCCAUUGUGGUCUUUUGUGCCCCUGAGAGCCGGUCGACCCUCAAAGCGCUCCGGCAGUGGCUGGCCCCCGCCUCCCGCCGCAGCUCCCGCCGCCUCUACGCACAGGCCCAGAAACUGCAGAAACACAGUAGCCACAUUUUCACAGCCACCAUCCCUCUGCAUGGCACGAGCGACGCCUGGUACCAGGAACUCAAGGCCAUCAUUUGUGAGCAGCAGACGCGGCCCAUCUGGACGGCUGAGGAUCAGCUGGACAGUUCCUCGGACGACAACCUGGAUCUCCCACUCCGCGCCCUGGCCGACAGCUCAGCUGACCUCAGCUGCGACAGCCGGGCCAACAGUGACUACGAGACGGACGGGGAGGGUUACACGGAUGGCGAGGGCGGGCCCUGCACAGAUGUGGACGAGGAGCCCCCGGCACGGGCACUGGCUCGGUCCUCAGAGCCCGUGCUGGCAGAUGAGCCCCAGAACCCUCAGGAUCAUGGAAGAUCCGUGGCCCACCGGGGGAUCCAGGUGGACAGCUGGCACUCCAAGGGUCAGUGGCGACAGGACAGCAUGCGAACAUACGAGCGGGAGGCCCUGAAGAAAAAGUUUACACGAGCCCGAGACAUGGAAUCCUCUGACGAAGACGGUUAUGACUGGGGCCCGGCCACAGACCUGUGA